AUGAAUGAAAUGAGGACGAGAUCCCAUACCACCAUCAUCGUCAUUAACAUCAACAUCAACAUUGUCAAAACAGCCAUCAAAAUCCCCAGGAAGGAUAAUUGGUCUCUUAGAAAAAGUGUAAGUGCUUUCUCUGCAUUCCUAAAUGGGAAUGCUUCAGGGAUAUUGGGUCUAAUAUUUGUUGAUGAAAUGUCUAUUUUAGUUGAGAUAUAUGUUGAUAAAUGUAAGGGAGACACAAUACAUAGACCAGUUGCUGGUAAGUUAAAACAAAUCUCAGUUCAUCCCCUUAAUUUCCUUGCUGCUGCUGAUUUUGAUGAUUUGGAGACCACAGUUGAAGAAUCGAGUGUUCUUAAUUACACCAAGGCAGGGAACAUUGCCAAUUAUCUACAGAUUUUAGAAGUUGAACAUAUGUAUCUUCUAGUUCCUGUGAAUUUCAUCUUUAUAGGAUUUGAAUGGAGUGGCAAUCAAGUCUUUAAGCUACACACAUAUGAACUUGAGAGAUGGUUUAAAAAAAUUGAUCAUAUAUUUGAACACACUAGGAUUCCACAAGAUGUAGAUGUUCUUGCUCCAUUCUACAAAAACAGGGUAGAUAGAGAUCAUCAUCAUCAUCAUCUUCCUCUUCUCAGUCACCUAAAUUACAACUUCUCUGUUCAUGCUAUCCAAAUGGGCGAAAAAGUCAAUUCCAUUUUUGAUCAUGCUAUUGCUGUCCUCUCUCGUAAGGAUGAUGUUAAUCAUACCAGGAGAGGCUUGUCAGAAAGUGAAAUAAUUUUUCUUAAACAGAUAGAAUGGUAUAAUAGUUGCCUAAAUGAUUUGAACAAUGUUGAGAGGCAAUAUCAAGAGAAAGAUGUGGCUGAUAUUAUUCAAUCAAAAGUUAUCCAGGAUCCACCAGGAACAGGAAAAACACAAAAAAUUCUUGGGCUUCUUAGUGCCAUAUUACAUACCAACUGA